AUGACGACUGAAGAGGCAAACGGAACACUCAAUCGUCGCUCCACCGACGAAGUGCCCACCAAACACAAACUACCCAGUGUGCACCAAUCGCAAUGCUCCUGGCCAAGUUGUCACGAUUUGAAGAAGAAUGCAGCAAUAUGUAUUGUCGAGUAUAAAGGCCGUAUUAAUCGACCAUCCGCGCAAACGUUUAAACUGCUUCCGGAAGUGGCCGCGAUCGUGUACUUUGGAUGGAGAAUCGAUCGUUGUGUAUACGUCAAAGUGGUCACGAAAGAACAGUGUGGGAGUACAACGGAAAAGCACUCAACACCACAGACUAAACUCAGAGGCGAGGCUGGCCGUAUUGCAUAG